AUGGGGAAAGGAGAGGGCUCAUCGGGUUCUAUGGGAAAAGGAGAGGGCGCAUCGGGUUCUAUGGGAAAAGGAGAGGGCGCAUCGGGUUCUAUGGGUAAAGGAGAGGGCUCAUCGGGUUCUAUGGGUAAGGGAGAGGGAUCAUCAGGUUCUAUGGGGAAAGGAGAGGGUUCAUUAGGGUCUGUGGGGAAAGGAGUGGGUUCAUCAGGAUCUGGUGGGAAUUGCUUUGAACUGUAUGAUCUUGUUUGUCUUGGUCGGAAAGAUUUUGGUCUUGUAAUAGGCAUGGAGAAAGAUGAUAGUUACAAGAUUCUGAAAGAGGGGCUGGAAGGACCUGUUGUUCUGAUUGUUCAGAAGCGUGAGCUAAAGAAUGUUCUUUCUGAUAUGAAAUUUACGGCUUUAGAUCGGCGCACGAAGCCCAUAUGCGUUAGUGAUACUGUCAAAGUGUUGGAAGGACCAUUGAAGGAUAGGCAGGGGAUUGUUAGGCAAAUCUAUAGAGGUACCAUAUUCUUGUAUGAUGAGAACGAGACAGAAAAUGGUGGUUAUUUCUGCUCAAAAUCUCAUAUGUGUGAGAAAAUUAAGCUUUAUAAUGAUGCUUGCAAAGAAAAGGAUGGGGAUUCAGGUGGUCCAGGUUUUGAAGAUUUCAUGUCAUCUCCUAAAUCCCCUCUAUCGCCAAAAAAGCCAUGGCUAGAAAGAGAUAGUAACUUUAAUCGGGGUGAUACAGAUGGAAUUUUCUCAAUUGGUCAAACCGUGAGAAUCCGUGUGGGUCCCUUGAAGGGAUACCUCUGUCGCAUUUUGGCUAUACGCCGUGCUGAUAUCACUGUUAAGCUUGAUUCUCAGCAGAAGGUUCUUACAGUUAAAUGUGAGCAUCUUUCUGAAGUUCGUGGAAAGAGCUCUUCUGUGCUGAUUAGUGAGGAUCCGGAGUCCAGUUUAAAACCAUUUGAUAUGCUUGGAAAUGAAGGAGGCUCUAAAGAUUGGACAGAUGGAGCUGGGGCAUCAGCUGGCGGUGCUGGCAAUGGGUGGAAUGCUGGAGGGGAUUCUUGGCCAAGUUUCUCUGCCACAGGCAUUUCGAUUCAGUCGGAGUCCAUUUCUGGUCAGGAUGGAAAUGAUGUUAAGAAAGAUGAUUCUUGGGAGAGCAAAGUUGCUCCAAAUAAAAUUUCGUCCUGGGGUGCAGCAACAGAUAACAAUGAUCAAGGUGCUGGCUGGGGAAAAGGUGUGGACUCUUGGGGUAAAUCUAGUGCUAAAACUGGGGGUGACAGCAGUGCAUCGGAUAUUUGGCAGAAGGCAGUAGAACCUUCUGGUACUGCUACUGCUGGGAAUAGCCAACUGGAUUCAUGGGGCAAAGGUAAAAAUGUAGUUGAAGCAGGAUCAUGGGAAAAGAAUUCUGAUGCAACAUCUGGUGAUAUUGCUAGUUCUGGGUGGGGUCAACAGAAACCUUUGGACAAAGGAAAUGCAGUCAGUAGUGAUGGGUCUGAUUGGGGUAAGGCUCAGAAUAAAGGAGCCGGUUGGGGAACUAAAGAAGAUUCUUGCAGUAAAGCCACAGGGAACUGGAGCACUAAAGAUGAAUCAAGUGCUGGUGAGGCAGGGUGGAAAAUUUCAAAGCCGGCAGAAGAUGUUCAGACAGGAAGCUGGGGUAAUGCAGGCGGGGUUUUGCCCCAAUCAGAGGCAGGAAACAAAGAUGAAGCAAGUGGCUGGGCAAAACCUAAAGGCGCUUUUAGUAAUGAGAAUCAGAAUGACAGUUGGAAGAAACCAAGUGGUGUAGAUGACAAUAAAAGAGCUUCCUGGGGUAAAGCAGAUGGAGGUUCUGCUUGGACUAAACAAGACAGAGAUUCUACAUGGAAUAAACAAGGUGAAGGUUCUACUUGGAAUAAGCAAGAUGGCGGUUCUGCUUGGAAUAAACCAGCAGGAGAUUCUUCUUGGAGUAAACAAGCUGGAGGGUCUUCAUGGGGUAAACAAGCUGAUGUAACAGCAGGACAUGAGUCUGGCGGAGUGGGGAAUCAAGAUGAUGGUUGGAAGAGAGCAAAAAGUUUUGGCGGUGAUCAAGGAUCUGGUGGUUGGGGCAAAGGGAGUGGGGAUAAGGGUGAUAUAGAUCAGCAAGACUUCUCGGGAAGGCCAAAAUCCUUUGAGGGGGCUCAUGGGUUUGGUGGAAGAAGAGGAGGAAGAGGAGGUAGAGAUCAAUUUGGCAGGGGUAGGUCAUUCAGUCAGGAUCAAUCCUCUGGGUGGAACAAGGAUCGGGAAAACAAUAGGAGUGCUGAUGGAAUAGGUGGUUGGAAGAAUCCAAAUGCUUCUGUUGAGAACAAUGGAUCAGGUUGGAGCAAAGGAUGGGGGGCAGGGAAAGAGAAUGUUGAAGAACAAUCAACAGGGGGUAACAAAUCUGGUGUUUGGAAUGCUCCAAAAUCUUCUGACAGAGACCAAAUGUCAGGAUGGGGUCAAACUAAAGCUUGGCAAAGUGGGUCAAGUGAUGGAGGAAAUCAAGUUUCUAGCUGGGGCCAAAAGGGCAGUUGGAACUCCAGAUCUAGUGAGGCUGGUGGCAAUCAGGAUUCUAGUAGUGGUGGGAAAAGAGAUUGGAACAUUGGAUCUGAUUCCUCAGGUGGGAACCAGGAUUCUACUUGGGGCAAGAAAAGCAACUGGAACUCCGGAUCUGGUGACACUGGCGGCAAUAAAGAUUCUGGCUGGGGAAGGAAAAAUAGUUGGAACUCAGGAUCUGGUGAUGCAGAUCAGAAUUCUAAUUGGAGCAGUAAAAGCAAUUGGAAUUCAGCAAAUUCUUUUGGUGGCAGUCAAUCAAUAGAUGGUGGGAAUGGAGACCAACCUGAAGAUUUCAAUAAUAAUCAAAGUGGUGGAAAUUGGAGAGGUGGUUCAGGUAGAGGAAAUUCAGACAGAGGAGGUUUUAGAGGUGGACGGGGUUUUGGAGGUGGAGGUGGUGAGAGAGAGGGAGAUAGAGGGGGCUUUGGACGUAGAGGGGGUUUUGGUGGUAGAGGUGGAGACAGAGGGAGCUUUGGUGGUAGGGGUAGAUCAGACAGAGGAGGGUUUGGUGGUAGAGGAGGAUCAGACGGAGGAGGGUUUGGUGGUACAGGUGGAUCAGACGGAGGAGGGUUUGGUGGUACAGGCUACGGAGGAAGAGGCCGUGGGAGGGAUCAAAGUGGUGGUUGGAGCAAUAGAAAUGAUUCUUUUGAUAAUAAUUCAUCAGGCUGGAGCAAAGGGGCAGACGGUGCUGCUGAGGGAUGGAAAAAAGACAAUGGUGGAGGAAGUUGGAACCAAGGAGGUGGCAGUAAGAACGAUUGGCAGGGUGGGAAAUCUAGCGGAUGUAUUAGCCAGAGCUCUGGUUGGAACCAGUCUGAUGUGAAUAAAGGAAUUGGCGGUUCAGGAUCAGGUUGGAAUCAGACAGUGGAGGCUAAAGAUACUGCUGCCACUCAGGACAAAGGAACAGGCUCUCGUAAUGAAGCGAGCGGAAGCUGGGCAAACAAUUGGAAAUCAUCAGAUGCUUCUAAUGUGGACCAGUCGUCAAGCUGGAAACAAUCGACUGCAGCCAAAGAAGUCAAAGGAACCACUGAUCAAGAUGGUGGCUGGAACAAGGGACCAAGCUCAAGCACACAAGAUGGGGGCUGGGGCAACCAGGGUUCAGGUUGGAACAAAGGAACAGGUUCAGGAUUUGGAGGCGGUACUGGAGGCCAACCAAGUGCUGCUGGAGGAGGUAAAUCAUCCGACUGGAAGCAAUCAAGCACUUCAAGUGGGGCUCAGUCCUCUGGUUGGAAUCAAUCAGGUGAGGCAAAACAAGGAACCGAUCAAGGUGCAGAAUCAACCAAUUCAUGGGGCAAAGCAGCAGCAGCAGCAUGCUCGUGGGGCAACGGAUCUGAUGGUGGUGAGGCAAAACAAGGAACCGAUGAAGGUGCAAAACCGACUAAUUCCUGGGGCAAAGCCGUAGCACCCGCAAGCUCUUGGGGCAAGGGAUCUGAUGGUGGAAGUGGCAAAGGAGGGUGGUGA